GCUCUGCAGCGACAACCUUAAGGAGCGUUAGCUUUUAGCCACCGGCCCGGGGACUGCAGCAGCCUCAGCCCGGAUCCUGCCCACAUGAGAGCAGCCACAAGCUACAACAGAGCCGUCAAUAGGAAAUCUCCAUAACUGGUGGAGAGAAGCCACUGGGACAGAGAUGUGGGAUCCUGAGAAUGCAGCGAAAACAGAAGAGCUGUCUGUUUCACCAGGAGAGCAGCAACAGCAGGCUCUAAUUCUGCAGAGCCCCACUGAGAAUAAGCAGCCUUCUCUGAGUGGGGAGGUCCCCCCCCUGGGUGCCUCAGGGCAGAAAAGAGAGGGUGUGACAGAAGGAAACACAUAUGAGAUGAUGGAACACUCUGCAGAUGAUCAGGACACCUUGCCAGUACAAAGGACCAGCCAUCUUCCUGUAGAGCCUGUGUCUUUGCUAAUUGGUGACAAGACAAAUCAAAAUGCAUCCUUUCAAACAGGUGAGACAGAGGAGUCAGUAAUGCACAACCAGGACUGUGCCUCAGUCUUUCCCUCAAGUGAAGCAGAUGCUGACCUGGACCCUAAUUAUGACCCUGAUAUUAACCCUGAUGGUGACCUCCAGGGUUUGUGCUCAUUUUCUUGUCAGCACUGUCAAAAACAGUUCACUACCAGGCAAAGCCUGGAGCGCCAUAUGCACACGUCAACAUCCUGCCACCCACAGACUUUCAAAUGCCGCUACUGCAGAAAGUGCUUCAGUACGCAGUUUGGUCGACGACGGCAUGAAAGAAGACAUGAUAACUCAAAUAGAAGAAUAGGUGGUUUGAUAAUCAGUCCAUCUUCACAGGUUGAGGGACAGGCUCGGGGGACAGUCCCUUCAAAAGAGGGCAACUGCAGCGCCCUAACGUCACAAACAGCCACACGGUCUCCUAUGCCUGAUUCAGAAGGAAGAGGUGACUCAGACGAAAGUGGAGAGACUAAAGCCUCUUUUGCCUGUAAGUACUGCAAAAAAGCUUUUGGAACUCAUACCAACCUGCGAAGGCAUGAGCGCAGGAUACAUGAGCGUCAUCUCUUACCCAGGGGGGCCUGCCGAAAAAUCUCUCAGGAGGCUCAGGGACAGCAGCCUGGUGGGGUGUCUUCAACUGCCGGUAAGCAGCGUGGGGAGGGGUGCGAGCAAGAGGAGGAGUACAUGGUUGACAUCUCCAGCAACAUCUCUGAGAACCUCAGCUUCUAUAUUGAUGGGAAAAUCAUCUCCACCAGUGCUGUCGCUAACUGUGAAGUGAUGGAGGUGAACUCAGCCGCUACUGCUGUGAUCGGGCUGGACACCUUGAUCAUCAGUCCAGCUCAAAUUACGCAAGCUCUUAAAAUAGAGACUAAUAGAGACUGCAGCACGACCUCUGACCUCUGUGGCCAACCAUCUGGCAGAAGGAGGACGUCAACCCCACCUCUACUGCCACAAAUAAAAACUGAACUGGAAUCUGAAUCUAUCUUGACAACAUCUUCCUCCUCCUCUGGAGCUACACUGAUUGGCACUGUUUUGCCCCAGCCUUUAGAGACCAUUGUUUUACAGAAAGAGAAGACUAUCUAUUUGUCCCCCAAGCUGAAGCAGCUCUUACAGAACCAGGACAGCAGUAAGUCAUUUACUCUGAUUACUGAAGGACAAAAACUCUGUCCACCUUUACCACUAACCCUUUUACCUGCAGGAACCAGCCGGUUUAAGAGAAGGACAACAUCCCCUCCCAACUCGCCCCAGCCAAGCAAUACUUCUGAGGUGACAACUGCUACGGCACAGGAUGAGGUUUUGCCUGCCUCUAAGAUGCCAAAGAUGGAGGGUCACUGCAGGUCUCCUGUGAUAAGCUCAUCUAAAAAAGAUGAAAUGGAAACUUUGACUCCAGCCACAAAUGACACUACUGCCAUUCAGCAGGUUUUGCCACUGGACUGCUCUACACCAGGCACUGGAGGGAGGUCAUGUAACCAGCAGCCACUAGACCUUUCCAAUGCUGUGGGUAAGAAGAGCAGUGAGGUCUUAGAUGAGUGCAUUCUGGAUUUGAGCACAAGCAGAAAGAGUGCAGAGGCCGACUCAACAGGAGGAUCAGCCUCCUUGACACCAGUUAGGAGGAUUAAACCCAACUCAAGCAUGUUAGAGAAAGUCUUGCUAAACCAGUACGCUGGUGUAGACGUUCCAGCACCAGCAGAUGCAGGAAUCCUAAGUACUCCCGUAGUAACAGAUCUCGCGGUAAUGGCUGUGUCUGAGCCAAUUCAAGCUAAUCCUGAAGGGGUUGUGUUUGAGUUGUCUCUGCCCUCUCCGUCUGCAGCGAAAACAGCUCCUCAUCCACUAAAUCCUGCUGUUUUGAACACUGCUCCUCCAGCUCAGCUCCUCUCAGUUCCAGCCCCAUCUGCUGCAGUGCCCACUGAGGUACUACCAUCAUCACCAAUACCCAUACCUAAUCAGGAACUUCUCCCACUCUGCUCUACUGCCCAGUCUUUCAUUCCUAUAGUACCCACAACUACUGUAGAAGUCGCUGCUGAAAAUUCCCUGCCAGCUUUUAAUGUAUCACUUCCCAACUGGCUUAGUUCUGCAUCUGGAGGUGUAGCCCAUGCACUCAUCCCUACAGCAGCACCUCUAAGUUUGCAAAGUCCUCAGUUUCUCACAGAUCCAUCGGUUUGUGAUCUAGCACAAAGGACCUUGGUUGUGGAUUCCGUCUUGUCACCUGAAGCACAAAUAUUUCCUCCUUCCCUAUCAGUAAACCAGCCAAAUAUUACAUCUUUGAGUUUUCCUUCAAAUGUGGUUGUCAUUGAGUACACACUUGCACUGGAGUCUUCUGAGGCUGUGCCCUUCUUUCAAGCUAAUUCUGUCCACUCUGUUUCUGACCAAACUCCACCAGAUCACACUGAGCCAAGAGAGUGCCAUUUCUCACCACAACCACUGGCUACUACCAGUGAGCCAUCAGCUCCUGAACUGCCACAGGCUGGCUGUCUUGAUCCCUUUGCUCAAGGAACGGCCUUGCACGCAUCCACAACUGCAGGCUCAUUAGAGAAUCCAGUUAUUACAGCACCGCAGUCUCCUACUCCCAGUAUUCUUGGACAAGCAGAGACCCAAGUGAAGCCUGCAGAUACUUCAAACUGCUCUGUUAAAUUUACAAUGGAACCACCAGACACCUCCACAGAGGACAACCCUGCAAGUGAGGAACCAUCACACCUGCCUCCUCUUUGCAAGCGCUUUAUGUGUAAUGUUUGUGAUGAGCCCUUCAAGUCAAUGAAAGCUCUUAGUCAGCACAUUGGUGAGCACUCAGACACUUGGCCAUAUAAGUGUGAGUUUUGUGUGCAGUUGUUUGAGAGUGACACUGGCUUAUUAGAACACCGGUCCAGUUAUCAUGGGAUCGGUAAAAUCUACGUCUGCAGAAUAUGUUCCAAAGAGUUCGCUUUCCUUUGCAACCUAGAACAGCAUCAUCGAGAUGUACAUCCUGGUCAAGAGUGCUCACACAUGGAAGUAGAAAAUGGUAAGUUAAGGCCUGAAAACCACAAUAGUCCGGUAAGCUCUGACUCUGUAACCCCAGUGUUCUCUACAAAAGACAAAAGUCACCAGUUUUACAAACCAGCCAUAAAAACAGAGGAUGACAAUGACUCUGACAACACUACUGAGGAGUUAUACACAACCAUCAAGAUCAUGGCAUCUGAAGGGGUCAAACCUAAAGGCACCGACGUACGCCUCGGUAUUAACCAGCAUUAUCCGAGUUUUAAGCCGCCUCCAUUUCUGUACCACAACCGAACGCCAGCCGGAACGACAAAUGCCACAGCUACAAAUUUCACUACUCAUAAUAUCCCUCAGACCUUUAGCACCGCUAUUCGGUGCACCAAGUGUGGGAAGAGCUUUGACAACAUGCCUGAACUGCACAAGCACAUUUUAGCUUGUGCUAAUGCUAGCGACAAAAAACGCUACACUCCAAAAAAGAACCCUAUCCCACUCAAGCAAUUCGCAAAAGCGCAAAACGGGGUUCUGUCGCCAGCUAGAGGAGUCAACAGUAGACAGAAUGUGUCUCAAAAGGUUGGCCAGCCAAAAAAGCUAAACUACCAUGAGCCAGCAGCUAAGGUGAAGCUAAACACGCACGGUAAGAAGAAAUCUGUGUGGGUCCAUAGAAGUAGGCCUGUGGGAAGGAAAGGCUCACAAGAGGAGCUGGAGGUUUAUGCUUGUCCUCACUGUAGCAAGGAGUUCACUUACCACGCCAGCCUGAAGAAACAUAUGGCUGUCAGCUGCCCCAUGAAGCCUGUCAGCAAGAAGCUCAAAAAAAGAAAAGGCUGCAUGGCACCAGCGCAGGAGAACAAUGGUAGCAUCCGCACCCAAGUAGCAGAAGUUAUACUGAAACAACGAAGGUCAAACCAAGGACAAAAGAUCUUUAAAAAGACGCAGACCAAUGAGUCUGGUUCAGCCAACAAUGCCAGUCUUCCGCUUCAUGAUGGCAAAGGGAAGAUUACUUUGCAUAAUUUUAGGCCUAAAAGAUCUGACGUUCUGUCAACCUCAGCAGUUCACAUCAGUAAAAAAAGUAAACCCAUUCUUAUGGAAGGCAUUCAGUCACCAUUGAUCUUGAAUAAGUCUGCAAUGCAAGGGAAAUCUCAGCAGCCCAGCAACAGGGUGCAGAUCAUGGGAAGAGAAAUGAAACAGAGAGAGGCAGAUGUAAAGCUUCAGCCCAGAACAGAGGAACAGUUCUCUCAGAGAGUGAGAGAAAGGACGGAAAGGCCAGUUACUCGCAGUCUACAGCAAGUUAAUACCACGGUCAGCACAGCGGCCAAUGCAACCAACAGAAAGGCAAACACAAUUAAUCUAGCCAAACACCCAGUCCAGACAGACGGUCAGAACAUCCCUGCAUUUCCAGCAGUUAUAGAGUCAAAGAAAUAGCCAAAAUACAUCUUUAUGAAGAUGGACAAAAAGGUAUUAAUGACAAAGCUCUUGAUUUUAAUCGCAAAGGUUACAUUUUUAAUUGUAAAUAUAUUCCACUGAAAGCGAUAUGAACUUUUUAACUGGAAACUCUAAUGUUGUAAGGAGACAGAAUGUAAAAAGAUUGUGCAUUUGUUUGUUCACUGUGUACUGACCUGUACUAUGUUGCACAUAGCUGAGUGCCCAGGGUUCUUAUUUAUUUAUGAAAACUUUAAAAUUGUGUCUUAUAACUGGAAUGGAAAUGCGUAAAACUUGGGAUUUCAACAAAGGCUUCCAUAACAUACUCUGCCUUAGAACAUGAAUAAUUCAAGUUCAGAGGCAGCGUUGCUCAUUGUUGCUCCUGCACUGCACAUUUUAGUUUUUUUCUUGGUCACAACACAUCAAAUUCAGCUCACCAGCUUAAUGUGGCCUUGAUUAGUAAUGCUCAUUCUGAGUUAUUUGAAAUGUUUAAGCAAAAAGAAAAAAAUCAAUCAAUCAAUUGCUCCAGACUGAUUGGAAGUUUCAAAAUCCAGGUUUCGAAUGUGUCCUGUCAUCAGGAAUGCUUAUAUAUGUAGUGUGAACUGACAGCUCGGUUGAAAGCAAAAUGCUCAGUUUCACUUCUGGACAUGACAUACUGACGUCUGUGCACAGAAUUGGACCCUUUAUAAGUUUGUUUUGUGGAUUUAUAGAGGCGUAAAAAGCUUAGUCUGUUCACGUCAUUGAGAUGCUCCUGAGAAUUAAUUCUAAAAAAGUGAAACCUCAGUAGGUUUGAGACCAAAAAGGCUCACAAUGCCAAAAAAGUCUGACUGAAUAUCAGGCCCUUGCUUUCAAACACCAAACACUUUAAUUUUUGUCUUUUAAUUCCAGCGCUUGGUCAGUUUAUACACAAACAUAGGACACAUGUAAAUAGUAUUGUAGCAUGCAUAAAUAGAAAGGACGUAAAAAAACGGAAUCCAGUACGUGAUGAUGCAGAAAAUGUGUAUUUGAAACUACAUCGAAACCUCUGUUCUGAACUCAACAGUUCCAAAAACUCCCAAGAUAGUUUUGCUCGUUUCUACCAUCACUAACCUUCACGAGUCUAAAGUUGGUGUGCUAGAGUAGUGAAAACACUGAAAUGAGCAGUGCAGUGUGUUUGAAGCUGAUAAACAGUUUAUAAACCUCUUUCCAAGGUUUGAGCAUUGUUACACUCUUUGUGUAAUGAAAUGUCCCCAAAUAGUUUGAUUUGAUUUUACAAAUUCUUUAAAGCAAGUGGUAAAAUGCACCGAUGCAUCUAAUACAUGUAAUGUAACACAUUAGUUCUGUUGCACCCUUGAUAGUAAGCUACUGAACGUCAGCUGGCUAAGGCAUAAACUAUCAUGAUUUCAUGUGCAUACUUUUGAGACAAAUUCAAGAUUGGGAAACGUUCACUAAACCUCUUUCCGAGGUUUGUGUGAUGCCAAGAUAUUUGCAUAAUGAGGUGUUCCCAAAAUAAUCUGAGAUUAAGAAUACAUUGAUGCAUCUAAGGCCAGUUUCCGGGACCUAGAUUAAACCUAAACAGACUUUAAAAAAAGUUUCAAUUUACCAUUGUCACUGCAGUCCAAGUCUAGGUUUAAUCCAAGUCUGGGAAACCAGCACCUAAUGUAACACAUCACUUCUGUAGCUGCCUGUUUCACCCAUAAACAUAUGAAUGAACAGUUGUUAGUUGAUCAGAACAUAGUACAUCAGAACAAGUACACAGUUUACUUAUAAUUUCCCCCAGAAUGCUAAAUAGCAGUGAAUGAACUGAGAGGCAUAAAGUCUUAUGAUGUCAUUGACAAAAUAGUAACUGAUCCCUGUAUGCUUAUACUCUUUAUUAUCAACAUUAGCAUCUUUGGACAUGGAUUUCCUCUUCUACAUGAAUUAGUCCCCCAGCAGAUGUUCAUAAAGCAUGUCUGAGAAAUGUUAUUCAUCUGUAAUCUCCUGUCUAUACUAAUCCUAACCCCCCACCCCUGUAAUGUCAGUUAUGAUGUAUAUCAGCCCUGGACAGUCCUCAGAUGUUUCAAAGUCCCAUGCACUUUAUAGAUCUAUCUCUUAUCAGACUAGUUGCAAUACUAGACUAUUAGUGAGCAGUUUCAGUUGUUUAUUAAUGUUAAGGUGUAAUAUCAGUCAGAAGAAAUCAUAUAUAUAUGAAGAUAUUAUAUAUAGUUAUAUUUCUCAUUCAUUCAUCAAUGUCUCUUAGUUCAGUUGUUUAUUAAUAUGCUGUAACCUAUGUUCGUUUUCAUAUAAGUAAGUGUGGUGGCUGUAGAUAUGCAGUCUGCUCUCCUAAUGGGUUCGGGUUAAUGCAUGCUGUGGUCUCAAUGAAAAAGAAAGCGUGAGCAAUACUGUGUUAGCAUGCCACUUAAGCUACUGCAUCAAAAUCUGGGUAAAUAUUGUAAACAGGAGGCAUCUGAUACAGGAAAGUCUGUUCUGAGACAAAAGGCCAGUUUCUACUGCCUGUUCAAAGUACGAACACAAAUUAUUCUUUUAUUUACGUUUACUAUAUAUACCCAUUAAAAUGGAAGUAGAUUUUGUUAUUAAGUACCAAAUAUGGCUUUUAAAUGUGUAAUUAUUAUUGCUCAAAAAAGGCACUGAUUGUUUUAAUUGGAGAUGUUCUUCAUUUUUUGAGCAAAUAACAAAUGUUCAGAGUUUUGUGAACUAUGAUUAGAACUCUUUGGAAACAUCAUGUAAGAAAAGCCUUAAAUGUUCUGCCAAGGAUGCUUAGAACCUUUGCUAGGACAAAUUGCAUCUACUUUAAGUUAUUUUUGCUUUGAUGGUCAAGGACUAGUUUUAGAUGAUCAGGGUAUUGACUCGAAAAUGGACUCGAAAGUGAUGCUUCUGGAAAUAGAUUAAGUCUAAAUCACUCUAUUAACAGUGUUUCUUUUUUAAUUGAAAUGCUCUGUAGCCCAGUUCUAAGGUUAAAUCUGUGUGCAACAAACAGCCGAAUAAACUCUGCGAGAGUUUUCCUUUUAAGCUCAUUUGAAACCAGCGGUUUAAUUGUGUAGUGUUGAGAAAUUACAGUGGGUUAUGACGGGUAACUGAACAGUGAUAAGGGUUGACUAGAAUAUGUUAAUAGUGUGAUUGAUAAUAUAACAAUGGCUGUUACCAAACCCUGUUGAUUAUUUGACAAACUAAGCUGAAGUUGCUUUUUGUAAAUUACAGUAAAGUCAAAUUAUGUCAAAUAUACUGAUUAUUAAUAUCAGUAUCAGUCGGUGAGGGGACCGAGACUCGGCUGCUCACCUGCAGAGGAAAUCACUGGAUAUAGUUUACAGAGAAUAUGCUUUAAUGUUAGACUGCCUGGUUUUAAUUUAAAGAACUGCACCUUGUCAGUCAGCACAAACCAUGAAUUUUAAAUGUCUUCUCUUUCUUAUCUGUCAAACUACUGGCCUGAAACCAUGGAUUUCAUGCACUGGGCCUGAAGGAAAAGCUGUGAACAAAAAACGGAUUUAGAAUCCUAAUUUACAUGAAAUGUGUCUGUGGAAAACUGUGACGUUAACAUCCAAAACAUGUCUAUGUUUGAGCCUCUGUGCAACUUUUGAAAUGCUGUUAUGUUUGUUGGAAUAAACUGCUCUGUGAUAAAUGCGGAUGGUGACCAGA